AUGGCCGCCGGCGGAGCAGCAGGAGGAUGCGGAGACACGGUGGAGCAGUGCGGGGCCGAGGUGGAGCGUCUGUCCCGGGAGCUGGCGGAGGCCAACCGCGAGAAGAUCCGGGCGGCGGAGUGCGGGCUUGCGGUUCUGGAGGAGAACCAGAGCUUGAAGCAGCAGUACGCCGAGCUGGAGGCCGAGCAGGAGGCUCUGAGGUCGGAGCUGGAGCAGCUGCAGGAGGCAUUUGGUCAGGCCUACUCCACCCAGCGUAAGGUGGCCGAGGAUGGUGAGACCAACGAGGAGACUCUGCUGCAGGAGUCUGCCACCAAGGAAGCCUACUACAUGGGUCGACUUCUGGUGCUCCAGGGAGAGGUCAAGCACAGCCAGGCCACUGCGGCCAAUGCACAGGCUGACAAUGACCACUUGAGCUGCCUGCUACAGGAGCUGCGGGAGCAGAGUAAUGAGAUGUUGGAGCUGCAGCGUGGCCGCCUGCGAGAAGAGAUUGGGGAGUACAAGUUUCGAGAAUCAAGGCUGAUUCAGGACUACACAGAGCUGGAAGAGGAGAACAUCUCUCUGCAGAAACUGGUUUCAACCCUCAAACAGAAUCAGGUGGAAUAUGAAGGCUUGAAACAUGAAAUUAAGGUUUUGGAAGAGGAGACAGAUGUUCUGGACGGCCAGCUGCUGGAUGCGCUGCGUUUGAAGGACAUCUCGGACUCCCAGCUGGAGGAGGCACUGGAGUCUCUGAAGAGCGAGCGUGAGCAGAAGAAUCACUUGCGCAGGGAGCUGAUUCACCAUCUGAGCAUGUGUGACGUGGCGUACACUGGCAGUGCACACCUGACGUUCACGUCUGCCCCACCCAGCGGCGCAGCGACUCCGACAACUUUGCUCUCGCCAACCACAGAAGAUCAAACAAGGUGUAACGGCCAUGCCCAAGGUGCAACACGAAAGGCAACACCUUCAGGGUCGGUAGCUGCUGCUAAUGGAGAAUGCCGAGGUAUAAGUCGGAAAACCGAAGGCGUGGCUACGUUGGACCUCUUCAGCGAGAUGAACCUGACGGAGUUGCAGAAGCUUAAGCAACAACUGUUGACUGUGGAACGUGAGAAAGUAGCACUGAUGAACAGUUUGCAGGAAUCCCAGACUCAGCUCCAGCAUACCCAGGGGGCUCUGUCUGAACAGCAUGAGAAGACCCUUUGCCUUAGCCAAAAGGUCAUCGCCCUGCGCCGCGGGCAGCAAGGGGCCCAGAGCAGUCUUGACUCGCUGUUCAACCCUGAAGAUCUAAAGGGACUUGACAUAGAUAAGGAGACUGAAGAUGACGACGAAAAUGAGGAUAACAAGCAUGGCGCAGUGAGCAAAAGUCCAAUAUUCCCUUACCAGUCACCAGGUUUGGAGAUCCUGCAAUGCAAAUAUCAGGUGGCUGUGACUGAGGUGGUUGAGCUCAAGUCAGAAGUGAAAGCCCUGCGGGACAGGUUGGUUCAGUGUGGGGAAGGCAUCGUGCACGAGAAGCCAAGAGGACACGCUCUGCAACAGAGAUUGGAGAGGAAGGUAACCUCAUUGGAAAAGAGCUGCCAGGACGGAAAAGAGAAGAUUUGUAGUUUGGAGGCUGAGUUGCAGGCAGCUCAGUCGGCAGCCGGUGAGAGCCAGGGGGCUCUGAACGCUGCUCAGGAUGAACUGGUGAUGCUGAGUGAGGAGCUUGCCCAGCUCUACCAUCAUGUCUGUCUGUGCAACAAUGAGACACCCAACCGUGUCAUGCUGGACUAUUACAGACAGGGAAGGGGGCUCAGGGGCCUUUGUGCCAGUCUCAAAGCCAUGUCUGCCGACAACAGUAAAGUUCUCCUCACGCCACGCCUUGCCAGGAGACUGGCCACCGCCACCUCCACAACCUCAACCUCCGGGGAGUCACGGAGCCCCUCUGAGUCUCCGUCCAAAGAACCUCUAUCUGGUGUCAGUAGAGGAAGAGACAGUAAGGAAGGGGAAAAGGAGCUCUUGCGGGGUCAGUCGGAGCAAAGCGUGACUACCUGCAGUCCUCCAACGAGAUCACCCAGCAUCAGUGCCUCGUCAUCAUCCUCGUCAUCUUCAUCGCCCGCCCUGGAGCCAGCUGGUGAGCUACGCAGAGAACCCAUGAACAUCUACAACCUCAAUGCCAUCGUCAGAGACCAGGUAAAGCACCUACAGAGGGCAGUGGACAGGGCUCUUCACCUGUCUAGGCAAAGAGCUGCAGCCAGGGAACUGGCUCCUUUGCUUGACAAGGACAAGGAACGCUGCUUGGAGGAACUCUUGAAGCUCAAGUCUCUGCUCAGCACCAAGAGAGAGCAGAUAGCAACUCUCCGGCUGGUGCUCAAAGCUAACAAACAGACAGCAGAGGUGGCUCUUACCAACCUGAAGAGCAAGUAUGAAGCAGAGAAAUCAAUGGUGACUGACACAAUGAUGAAGCUAAGGAAUGAGCUGAAGGCCUUAAAAGAGGACGCGGCCACUUUCUCUUCUGUACGGGCAAUGUUCGCCACCAGGUGCGAUGAGUAUGUGACCCAGCUGGAUGAGAUGCAAAGACAGUUGGCCGCAGCUGAGGAUGAAAAGAAGACAUUGAACUCUCUCCUGCGAAUGACCAUUCAACAGAAACUGGCCCUCACCCAGCACCUUGAGGACUUGGAAUUCGAUCAAGAACAAACACACCGUAACCGUGGGAGCAGGCUGACCCGCAGGAAGACCAGCACUCCCAAAGUAAGUCUCCCAACCUCAGCUUCGGCCUCAGACCUGGCACAAGGCACUGGUGCAGCUUUGGUCCCCAGUUGUUCCUCCCCUUCCCGCCUUAGUAGUACGACCUCAGUUGUUUCUGCUGCUACGGACGUCUCCUCAACUCUGGCGUCACCUAUAUCACACAUACCCAGUCGCAGUCCAUCAUCACCAGAAAUUGCUUUGCCACCUGACUCUCUGGUGGUAGAAAGACCUCCAUCUCUGGAGGUGUCAACCCCGUCCUCAACGCCUCAGAGGCUGGCUCAGUCCCGGUGGACCCUUGGGAUGCGAACGUUUGUCGUUGACUCCCAUAGUUUCAGAAUAACGUCUCCUUUUUCCCGUAGCUCGGCUACUUCAAGACACGUCACCCCAGAUACUCAAACCACUACUAUGACAACAACUAGACCUAGUCAAACAGGUUCUUCCUCUCCCUAUCGAUCCCCAUUGCUGGGGCUCAAGCACUCUUUGUGGAGCCCCUCACCCCGAACUCAUCCCUUUUCCAGGCUAACGGGAACCUCAGUACAUCAUAUUCCCUCACAAUCCUCCCACUACUCUUCGUCCCACUCGUCGUCUUCCUCCCACAGUUAUUCACCAACCUACUACAGCCCUUCUGGCACUACAUCCUACAGCCACUCUAGCCACUACACUCCUCUGUACCCCAGAUCCUACAGUUCCUACCGGCCCCGACACUGACUCAAACCUUUUGGCGCUCCUUGUCCAAACUAAAACCUGCUUAAUGCCUGGAUCAGACUACUAGAUUUAAGACCCAUUAUUGGCCCAAUUUGCUAUCACGAACGAGUAUCCAGAUGGGGCCCGACAUUUUUUGUCGGAAACGACAAAACUCCUUGUAGUGUGACAUAAUAAUCCAGGAUGAACGAUUUGACCCUAUGAUAGCCCUACGACACCGAGAUGAAAAGUCUACUAUGUUUGAUUUUUGGAUCUCUUCCCUGUAGUGCGACAUAUGACCGAGAACCCUCUGACUUAGCAUCUUUACAUCGACCAAUAGGAUUGCGUCUUGCAAUGGGGCUUCGCCACCCUUGGUCGCUGUGGUAAACACACACACACACAGACAAUUUUUGAUGAAACUCGAGAGUAUGAAUCAACAGAACACCAGCAUAAUGUUUACGUACAAAUGUUAGCGCUAGCUAGCUAUAUAACGUUAUGUUACGUGCUUGCUAGCAGGUAUUAAAAGUGUGUGAACAUUACCUCAAGCGGUCCUUGAAGAAUGGACAGCCCAAAGCAUCCUCUCCAGAGCACCCAGUGAUGACAUGGUUCUGGUUCUAUCCGGUAGCGUUAUACCCGGAAGCACUGACACUUUUUCCCCAGAAAGCUUGAUUUGGCAAGAUUACCCUCAUUAUCUUAAAAGACGGGAUACAUUGGUUUUGUAAUAUACUGUAUGUGGUGUAAUGUUGCCAGUCUUCUGAUCAAGACACGGCGGGAUUCUAUGGCAGUAGUCUGACAUAGUGCCAUCAUGAGAGACCACAUUUGUCUUGUAUACUGAUCCAGGCAUAAGUCCUCUCUUACUGUUACUUGAGAGUGAGUUCACAGAGAGGAGGAUGGUGUGUCCCCCCCACACACACAUUUUAUAUUUUUCUGUGCCUAUGCCUUGGCCAUUGGAUUUUGAGUCUUUCGUGACAUUUCUCAGGGAGUUGAUGGAGCACAAAUGGCCCUGCCUUCCGUUUAUUCUGUGACGGCUGACUAGUUCAGAAGAGGACAUAAAUAGACUUUUUCAUGAACAUUUUUAGCAUUUUGAGUUUUCAACUCACGUGCAAGAUUUGUUCAAAACAAAGAAAAUUCUGAUAUUCACUGGACUUCGUGUGGACAAGUGCAACGAACAGACAUACACACAUCACAUAGACUUUAUAUUCAGUGUACUAUUCACUCUGUCUGAAAUGGUGUUGAGGCUCAUAUUCUAUAUCCACAAACACUGUCAAGCUGUAAUCGUCCUGUGCACGCUUUCUUGUUUUUACACUUUGAAGUAAGGGACCGAGUGUGCUGUGAAUGACUUACAGUAGGUUAAUCCACCCAUAUUUUGUCAAGGAAAGAGAAAAAUACCCCCUUAAUUCAGCAGUUUAAAAACAACACACUUGAAUGUGGCUUCUGGUGAAUGUGUUUCUUCAAAGAUGCAAGUUUUCAAUUAUGGUGGCGGUUUUAAACAAGCCAUUCCCCACACCUGAAAACUGGACAAUAAUGGCAUAUAUGUCACAGUCAUUAAAGAAAACAGCUUCUUUAACUGAGUUGAAUCUCCAUUAAAUGGUUCAUGUGACCCAACUGCUGUACUAUGUGGUGGAUCAGAAUCAGGACUUGAGCCGAUGUGGAUAAAAAUCCAAUUUUAUUUUUUAAAAUAUUUAAAACUGUUUGCUUAGAUCAUAGGGAACAAAAGAAGUAAUAAUAAUAGGAUAAAACAUUGAUAAUAGAAGCACGUGAUUCUGCUGUCAUUGGUUCCAAAAGAGCGUACGAGGGAAAUGCUUUGGCAGAUAGUUACUAUAUUUCCUCAAAUAGUGGCCUCUACUUACCCAUAAAGAUUAAAGAAUGACUGCUGUUCCUCACCAAAACAGCAGCACUUACCGAGGCACGUACUGUAAAUGGUCUCUUGGAGGAAUUAACAUGCGGAGUCUUACAGCAUGAAUAAUCAUUUCCUUGCGCAGUAAUAAAUAAGAGCUUACAUUAUGUGGAAAGAGCAUCUUUUCAGUUUUAUAUACAAUAUAUUAACGAAAUAAAUGUUUUGUUAUGUUUGUUUAUUUAGAAUUUUCCAGUAUUUUGUAGUUAAUUGAAGUGUUUUUCACUUCCAGUAUUGACACUCUCCCCCCCCCCCCCCCCCCAUUGUUUAUUUAUUUUGCCAGACUGAUUAACAUAAAGAAAUGUAUAAGCUGAAUCACAGAGGGCAAUUGAUUUCAUGUUGAAGUACAAACUAUAGAUCGUGUACACCGACUUGGCCGAUAAUUUAUAAACACUAUUCAGAACCCCUUUGCGUUACUUUAACAUUCUUUAAUUUAUUUCUUGAUGAUAAUAAGGUAAUAUUUUGUAUUACUUUAUUAGUGUAGAAAAUGGAUAGAUACAAAAAAAUUUAAAUAACACAUCGAGUGGGACUUUUGUAUUUCUGCACAGCCACAGGAACUUUUCUCAGUGCCCUAAUUUCAGUCACACUGAUAACAGUGAUGCACAAGAUGUAUUCGGUGAAGUUAAAGUUUAUUACGCCAAAAAAAAAAAAAAAAAAAAAAAAACAUGAGAUGCAAGUGUGUAGAAAAGCAUGGUUGUGUGCAAAUUGUACAGCAAAGACUUUGCAUAUCACCGAAGCAAUUAUAUUUUGUAUUAAGGUGAAAGCGUAGCAGAUUGUAGUGCACACCGACACCAAAGCUGAUGUUAGCUUCAACCGUUGUUAUAUUAUUCCCAUGGAGACUUUCAAACUUUCAAACAUUUUGCAACUGUAAUUGGUUGAAAGGACUUAUUGUCUUAUGUUUUGUUUGUUAUCCUUAUAUAAGUAUGAUUAUAAUAAGGUGAAUAGUGUUUUUGUCAUAUUGGCGGUGUUCAAAGAGGUGUGCACCCAAUUUGUAACAUAUGUGUUUUUUUAUUUAUUAAUCUGCUUUUAUUUUCCACACGUGCAGCUCAGGCUAUUUUGCUGUUGUUUCACUGAUGAUGCCUAUUAUUAUGAAUUAUUAUGUAUGGCCUUGAUUGCUUUCACUUAUGUAAAUGUCCAAAGAUAUUUUAACUGUUGUUUUCAGAAUACAGACAACUACAUACAUGUACAGUAUGUGCCUUUUUUCACCCCUUUUCUAUCAGUGGGACUUUUUAAUAGCGCUUCUCUUUUAUUACAAUUUCUCCAAAUGCAAUAUAAUGUCAUGUUUCGCUGAGGACUUUUAUAUUGCUUUUCUCAUCCUUAUGACACUAAGAUACGGGGAAACAUUAUUCAUUUGACAGUUUUGUGAUUGUUUUCGUUUUGAUCGUGCUGUGUUAUGUGACUCGAAAACGCACAAGGCCAUCUCAAGCAUUUAAAUCUAAUUAAAAGUCAACAAUAAAAAAAAAGUCAAAAUGCAAUAGUUCCCACUGAAGGAAAAUCAUAUUGCAUAUUUCGCACGCAUUUACAGGUUUAAUGUUUAAGGCUUCACCCAAUGGAUGUCGUGCCAUGUCCCCAUAAUGUGUA